AGGAGGAAGCUGUAUGUGCACUACUGCUUUAAGUUUCAGCAACAACUAGCCAAAGUUAGCAUGUAGUUAAAUGGUCACAUGAUGCAGAGCCUGAACGCACACCGGCCGUCAGGUGCCAGGAGCCGCCUCUUCACGAAGCAAGCUUAUUCCGGAGUGUUUUAAAUAAAGUAGGGAUUUUCAACUGAGGAUUGGUGUAAACAUGCUGAAGUUAAAGCAAAAGUUUGACCUGCACAGAGAUGUUGUUUCUGACAUUCUGAGGAAAGAAGCGUCGGUCUGCAGAGUGAAAGAAUACUCUGGAGCAGUGGACACCCGGAUCCUAAACAUUGAGAGGGAUGGAGGCAUCCUUUACUCCUGGAAGGGAGCAACAGGGACUACCAGGAUUGGGAAAUUUGACUCCAACACCAAACAGAACAAGCUCCUGUACACAUUUGACAAGCAGGUGUGUGUCAGCAGCUGCUCUCUGAACAAGGAGGAGACCCUGUUAGCUGUCAGCUUGGCACAAAACACCAGAGGAGAGGAGCGCCUCAAACCAAUGUCCAAGUGUCUAACCCUCCUGAUCGAGAUCCAUCCCAUCAACAACACUAAAGUCCUCAAGGCGGUAGACUGCAGGGUCAAAGUGCAGUUCCUGCACGCAGAAACUGACAGGAGAUCAGUGCUGGAGAGCCACCUGCUGCUGCUGACUGAGGAUGGAUAUGUUGAUCUCUACCAUGUUAUGCUGACGAAACAGGAGGGUUACAGAGUGGUGAUGGCAAAUCCGGAGCGUUUGUUAAAAACAGCAGAGAGGAUCGUAGAGGACUUCUGCUGGCUCCAGUGGGACGGACACACACAACGAGUCUACUAUCUCACGCAUAGUGUGACACACACUCAGGACAAGUUUCUCAUGCGAUGUGUGCAGUUUUACCCCAACCAUAAAUGUGAAACUAUGUUGGAAUUCCCAUUAGAGUUUCCUGCUAAUCUUUUCCGCACAGUCAACUUUGUAAAUCUGGGUUUCGACCACUAUCACGAGAAGAGCCCAGAGCAGGAGCCCCUGAGGCUGAAAGUGUUCACAAACAUAAUAGGAAGCAUGUGUGUGUGCUACAGCCAACAUCUGAAAGCCAAACAGGAAGUGAGCUACACUGUGCUUUUAGUCCACAAAGACUGCAGCAAGACGUUCAGAGUGUCUCUGGGCAGCGAGCAGAAAGCCACACAUCUCCAUCCGCUCUUCAUUCCUAUAGGUUACCACAUCCUGGUGUACCUGCAGGACCAUUUCCUCCACUGUAUCAACACCAGGCAGCAGGAGAUAGUCUGUCACUCCCUCUUUCUCUCAGGUCUUGAUGUGGACCUGGGUUUGCCGUCUCAGUCAGCUGACGUCACAGUGUUGCACUCAGAAGAAGAGUCCAGUGGCAGUGUGUUGGACCUGGGCAGCGGCAGGAUCCACGAGGCCGAGCUGAGCCCUGCCUUCCUGCUGAAGAUCCUGCGAGCUCCUUCCAGGUGUCCCAGCAGCAAGACUGACCCUCAGCGCAUGGCCGCCCUCCACUGCCUGCUGGUGUACCUGGGAAACGACCCAAACCUGGAGCUGAAGAUCACCGAGUGGCUCUUUGACAACGUGAACACCUUCGACUCCUUUGAUCAGAUCCAAGAGUUCAUUCUAGCAUCUUUAUACAGAAUAAGCUAUGAGAAGUCUCUCAGCCUGGAUAAAGUCCUGCCCUACUCCUCUGUGCUCGACAAGAAGGAGGUACCAGCAUGUCUGUUGGAGGUCCCUGGUGUGUUGUGUACCACUGAGCAGCAUAUUGAACCCGUGUUCAAAGGCAAGGCCAGAAUUCUCCAGGGUUUCUGGUCAGAGCUGCAGUGGAACACGGAGAGGACACAAUAUCUGGAUGCUGAUCCCAAUCCCAGAUACAGAACCUCACACAUACAAGCCGACUGGGAUAAACUGAGGGCCGAGAGGAGACCUUCCAGCCACAUGAACCACAUCGAGGAGAACACCAAGAAAGUUCUAUCGAUGGUGGACACCUGGUGUCUUGGUAAGACGCAUGAGCACACUGAAACACACACAUAA